GGACAGCCGCAGUGCAGCAGCGGCAGAGCUGGGCUCGGGGACGAGCCGCCCCGCUCUGUAGUAAUCAUGAUGUGCUUCCUCAGCUGCGAAACAACUCCCAUUAUAACGUUGUACGMUGCACGUAAAGACUCAAAGUCGCUUUGUACGUUAGGCUCCCGGCUGUAUUUGCUCCUGACUUGGUCAUUAUGUGCGCAGACUAACUGUCUCCCCACUGGCAUUGUGUUUUUUACUAGCCUCGCUCUUUGUUUUCUUCAAGGUUUGCGCUAAGCUACUUCCAUUGAAUGACUGUAAGAGUGGGAAGUAACUCCCAGGCUCCGUGUUCAGCGUGCAGUUCCCUGUCCUGGCCAAUGCUGGCUGCAGCUACAGCAUGACCACAGCAGCGUCUGCUCAUCUGGUACUUCUGGCAAAUGAAAAUGGAGGAGGUUUCAAUGUCCAGCCUGGACAACAGCAAGCUGGAGGCCCUAGCUCAGGACAUCCUGUCAGACCUGGUGGAGGAUGCAUGCCUGGGUCUUUGCUUUGAGGUCCACCGAGCUGUUAAACAGGGCUACUUUUUCCUGGACGACACAGACCAAGAGAGCAUGAGGGACUUUGAAAUCGUGGACCAGCCUGGACUGGAUGUGUUUGGCCAAGUGUUCAACCAGUGGAAAAACAAGGAGUGUGUAUGUCCCAACUGCAGCCGGAGCAUUGCUGCCUCCCGCUUCGCUCCACACCUGGAGAAAUGCCUCGGAAUGGGACGAAACAGCAGCCGAAUAGCAAACCGCAGAAUAGUCACUGGUAACAACACCAACAACAAAUCAGAGAGCGACCAAGAAGAUAACGACGACGUCAAUGAUAAUGACUGGUCUUACGGGGCGGAAAAGAAAGCAAAGAAAAGAAAGUCAGAUAAGAAUCCAAACUCCCCAAGAAGAUCCAAAUCCUUCAAGCAUAAAAGCAGUACAGCCAGUAAAGUCAGUCAGGACAGUGAAGCCCAUGCCCCACCCAAAGACUCCUACACUGCUCCAGCAAGGCCAGUGGGUAUGAUGGGUCCUAGACGUCGUAUGGAYAACCAGGAGAGUCCUCGCAUGUUGAUGAAAGACGAGACAUUCUCUCAGUAACRCACUUGGCAACAAAAACACAUUCUUUUAUCAUUUGUGUGUAAACRAAUCACACACAAAAAGGAGACCAGUGGCACCUGAGCUUUGGUUCUUUAUAUUGUCAAACUGAUGGACGUCAAUGUUUAGAGGUGACAUUAGUGGUGUGUUGCUGCUCAGCAGAAGAAGCCCUGAAACCUCCCAGUCUGGACUUGACUGACUUGUCUUUUUAUUCACAAAAUCAUUGUACCAAAAUAUUUUUUUCUUUUUUUAAGUUACUCUUCAGUCCAGAAAACAGUGAUUAUGAUGAUGUGUCAUACUGCACAGAGAAGGAAUCUGAAACUGAUUCAGUGGCUGAGCUGACAGCCGUGUUAAGUGGAAAGAAUCUGCACAUACAGUAUUUUGUUCUUAAAACUUAAAAGAUUAGGUGAACUGGUAUUUUAAUUUUGAAAUCACGUUCUAAAGAAAAAAMAYAAUGUCAAAGACUAUCAUGAUAAUGGUUUGUCUUCUGUUUUCUCUGUCAGGGUUCUUGUUCUCCAGCUGAAUCACAACACAAGCAGCUCUGUUUGUUGUUCACCUGUGGACACUUGUUUCAAAAGGUUCAGUAAAUGAGCCUCUAAUUGUACAAAACAGCUGAAGACAGCAGGUUUCUGUUUGAUUUUCUUUUUUUUUUUUCGGUGGAUAGAUCAAUUUAUUUUCUAGCAUUCAAAUGCGUCUCUUUGUAUCAUGUUUACAUUGUAAAGGGUUGCAUAUGUCUUUGGUGUGAUGUAGUAGUGUAAAUAUUCUAAAAGUUAAAUUGCUGCUAUCAUGGCUCAGUUUGUUUCAUCUGUCUAGCAUAAUAAAUAAUUUCUUACCUGUCGCAA